GGCAGCAGAACGCAACAAAAGAGCCUCUAUAGACCAACCUGGCGGAAACAAGCCCCAAAGAAAGGAAACGGUAGAAAGGCAUUAAGAUUGUGAAAAGCGUGCAACUGACAUCUCCCCGGCACCUUCCCCUGGAUGCAGCUGCUUGCAAGGGGCUCUCUUGCUUUUGACUGCGCCUGAGGGAUGGAAGAAAAGGGCACCGUUCCCACCCACCUCCCAGCUGUUUAAUUGCACACCCAGCCUCCUGUGGAUUCUUCCUGAGAAGCUCCAACUCUGCCCACCUCACGACUUGUUGAUUAUUGUUAUUUUUCUGCCUUAAAGGGAGCCGGCUCCGGCUUGGGGAGGCGAGGAAGGCAGCGGCUGGCAAUGCCCAGAGGAUCUCUCCCCAGAACAUCCAGCAGCCCUGUGGCUGCCUGCAACAUGCCAUCAACCAAGGUGCAGUUGAGCUGGGGAGUUUUCUCGGAGACCAGUGGGGCUCGUGGGGGCGAUCACUUCUGCCGGGAAGCCACCUGCGGGGACGGCCAGGGACCCCUCUGCUGAGCCUCGAGCCCCGGCUGGGAGAGACGGAAGAGGCACCCAGGCGCCCUUAUGCUUGGCCCGGCUGCCGGAGACGCACCGAUUUCGGGUGUGGAGCGAUGCCGUGUCCAGCAGAAGGUCCCGGGCUGCAAGGAGUCUACAAACCCGCCACCCAGCCUCUGCAAGGGGCCGGAUCCUGCUCCGAAUGCUACACCAACCAGACCUUUGUGUUUGACGAUGGGAGCUCACAGAGGCUCAAGGCGUCCCCGGGCAGCUGCAGAGGAGGAGGCGGCGGCGGCGGCAGCCACAAGAGCGGGGUCAUCCUCGACAUCUCCUCCCUGACGAUGACUGAGCUGGACUCCGAGGUGCUUCCCCUGCCGCCUCGCUACCGGUUCCGGGACUUGCUCUUGGGGGAUCAGAGCUUCCAGAACGACGACAGGGUCCAAGUCGAGUUUUAUGUGAAUGAAAACACCUUCAAGGAGCGCCUUAAGCUCUUCUUCAUCAAAAACCAAAGAUCAAGUCUGAGGAUACGGCUCUUCAACUUCUCCCUGAAGCUUCUCACCUGCCUUCUGUACAUCGUCCGUGUUUUGCUUGAUGACGCACAGCGGAUUGGAUGCUGGGAGUGUGAAAAACACAAUUCCACAAUCUUCAACCAGUCCUCUACGCAAAUCAACUGGGCUCCGAUCAUAUGGGUGGACCGAAACAAGCCAUUGUGGGCCAUACAGGUAAGCGUUGCAAUCAUUAGCUUCCUGGAGACCAUGCUGCUCAUCUAUCUCAGCUAUAAGGGAAACAUUUGGGAGCAGAUCUUUCGUGUGUCCUUCAUCCUCGAAAUGAUCAACACGGUGCCCUUCAUUAUCACGAUAUUCUGGGCGUCCUUGCGAAAUUUAUUCAUCCCCGUUUUCCUGAAUUGUUGGCUGGCGAAAUAUGCUUUGGAAAACAUGAUUAAUGACCUCCACCGUGCGAUCCAGAGGACCCAAUCUGCCAUGUUCAAUCAAGUGCUCAUCUUGAUCUGCACCCUGUUGUGUCUUGUGUUCACCGGGACCUGCGGCAUCCAGCACUUGGAAAGAGCCGGCGAACGACUUUCCCUCUUCAAGUCCUUUUAUUUCUGCAUUGUCACUUUCUCCACGGUGGGCUACGGCGAUGUCACGCCCAAGAUCUGGCCCUCUCAGCUGCUGGUGGUGAUCAUGAUUUGUGUGGCCCUGGUUGUACUGCCCUUGCAGUUUGAGGAGCUGGUCUACCUGUGGAUGGAACGCCAGAAGUCGGGAGGGAAUUACAGCCGCCACCGGGCCCAGACGGAGAAGCACGUCGUCCUGUGCGUCAGCUCCCUCAAGAUUGACCUGCUCAUGGACUUCCUCAACGAAUUCUACGCUCAUCCUAGACUGCAGGAUUACUACGUGGUGAUCCUUUGUCCGACGGAGAUGGAUAUCCAGGUUCGGCGGGUCCUACAGAUCCCUCUGUGGUCACAGCGGGUGAUCUAUCUCCAGGGAUCUGCUCUGAAGGAUCAGGAUCUCAUGAGGGCAAAGAUGGACAACGGAGAAGCCUGCUUCAUCCUGAGCAGCCGGAACGAGGUGGACCGCACGGCUGCUGACCAUCAAACCAUCCUGAGGGCCUGGGCAGUGAAAGACUUUGCUCCGAAUUGCCCCCUCUAUGUUCAGAUCCUCAAGCCUGAGAACAAGUUUCAUGUCAAAUUUGCUGAUCACGUGGUCUGCGAAGAAGAAUGUAAAUAUGCCAUGCUGGCGCUGAACUGCGUCUGCCCGGCCACCUCGACCCUUAUCACCCUCUUGGUCCAUACCUCCAGAGGACAAGAGGGGCAGGAGUCCCCCGAGCCCUGGCAACGCAUGUACGGACGCUGCUCAGGCAACGAGGUCUACCACAUCCAGAUGGGCGACAGCAAGUUCUUCAUGGAGUACGAAGGGAAAAGCUUCACCUAUGCCUCUUUCCACGCCCACAAGAAGUACGGCGUCUGCUUGAUGGGCGUGCGGAGGGAGGAGAACAAGGGCAUCCUCCUGAACCCAGGGCCGCGGCACAUCAUGACUGCGUCGGACACGUGCUUCUACAUCAACAUCACCAAGGAGGAGAACUCGGCCUUCAUCUUCAAGCAGGAGGAGAAGCAGAAGAAGAAGGGCUUUGCCGGGAGAGGGAUCUACGAAGGGCCCUCACGUCUGCCGGUCCACAGCAUCAUUGCCAGUAUGGGCACGGUGGCCAUGGACCUGCAGAACACGGAAUGCCGCCCGGUCGCCAACAGCAAGCUGACCCUGCCGGCGGAGAACGGCUCGGGCAAAAGGAGGCCCAGCAUCGCUCCCGUCCUGGAGGUGGCCGACAGUUCUUCCCUCUUACCGUGUGACAUGCUCAGCGACCAAUCAGAGGACGAGAUGACUCAGUCAGAUGACGAAGGCCUCACUGUGAUAGAGUAUGUGAAAGGCUACCCUCCCAACUCGCCCUACAUCGGAAGCUCUCCCACGCUAUGCCACCUUUUGCCUGUGAAAGCACCUUUCUGCUGCUUGAGGUUGGACAAGGGUUGCAUGCACAACAGCUAUGAAGACGCGAAAGCCUACGGCUUUAAGAACAAGCUGAUCAUCGUGUCGGCAGAGACGGCUGGGAACGGGCUGUACAACUUCAUCGUCCCCCUCCGGGCAUACUAUCGGGCGCGGAAGGAGCUGAACCCCAUCGUCUUGCUGCUUGACAACAAGCCUGACCACCACUUCCUUGAAGCCAUCUGCUGCUUCCCUAUGGUAUACUACAUGGAAGGCACAAUAGAUAACCUCGACAGCUUGCUGCAGUGUGGGAUAAUUUACGCCGACAAUUUGGUCGUGGUCGACAAAGAGAGCACCAUGAGUGCAGAAGAGGAUUACAUGGCAGACGCGAAGACCAUUGUCAACGUCCAAACCAUGUUCAGGCUGUUCCCAAGUCUUAGCAUCAUCACGGAGCUGACCCAUCCAUCCAACAUGCGGUUCAUGCAGUUCCGAGCAAAGGACAGCUACUCCUUGGCCCUCUCCAAACUCGAAAAGAAAGAGCGAGAGAACGGGUCCAACUUGGCCUUCAUGUUCCGGCUGCCGUUUGCCGCCGGCAGAGUCUUCAGCAUCAGUAUGUUGGAUACGCUGCUGUACCAGUCCUUUGUAAAAGACUACAUGAUCACCAUCACGAGAUUGCUGCUGGGCCUGGACACCACACCUGGAUCGGGUUACCUGUGUGCCAUGAAGAUCACCGAGGAGGAUUUGUGGAUCCGGUCCUAUGGGCGUCUCUUCCAGAAGCUCUGCUCUUCCAGUGCAGAGAUCCCCAUUGGCAUCUACAGAACCGAGUCCCACAUGUUCUCCACCAUUGAUCCUCAUGACAUCAGGACACAGAUCUCAAUCAAUGUGGAAGAUUGCGAGGACACCAAAGAGGUCAAGGAUCACUGGAACUCCAAGACGAGCCAUCACCGAAACUCCUGCCCGAGCGACCAGACCGAGCACCCGCUGCUUCGGCGUAAGAGCAUGCAGUGGGCCCGCAGGCUGAGUCGGAAAGGGGCCAACAAGCACACGGCCAAGACCGCCGAGUGGAUCAACCAACAGCGACUGAGCAUUUACCGGAGAUCGGAGCGGCAGGAGUUGUCGGAGUUGGUGAAGAAUCGGAUGAAACACCUCGGCCUGCCCACGACGGGGUACGAGGAUGUAGCAAAUUUAACAGCCUGUGAUGUGAUGAAUCGGGUAAACCUUGGAUAUUUGCAAGAUGAAAUGAACGACCAUCAGAACACGUUGUCCUACGUCCUCAUCAACCCCCCUCCAGACACGCGGCUGGAACUCAACGACAUCGUGUACUUAAUACGACCUGACCCCUUAGCUCACGUGGAGAACGAGGCCCACAGUCGAAAGAGCAGCUGCAGUAACAAACUGGACCCAUGUAGCCCCGAAACGAGAGAUGAGACGCAACUCUGAGCCCCUUCCUUCUUUUUGCACUGGACUCGUACUGCCUUCCCCUCUUGUUAAUGCAUGGAACUGUAACAGAAUCCACUCCAAAACUAUGCGGAAGGGGGACGGAACUUUUUCUAUGGGGACAUUCAAAUGAACUCUGUGUCAAAAGACUUACAAGGACAACCGGUCAGUUGGGAUGCCGAUUUCAACUCACUCCGGAACCCAUGGUGCACUGUGGAAUGUUGCAUUCCCAGCCGGGAUUCAGGACUCUUGAAAAUGCCUCUGGUUAAAGGGCCUAAGGGCGCUGAAUUAAAAGAUACCUGGUCCAAAGGGAUGUUUCCUACAA